UCCCAUCUUCUCUGCAGCUCCACAGUCCACACACAAAAGCUUAUCGAUCAAAAAUGGAUUUAGUCGUUGCAAUCGGAAUCCUCUCUCUUACCAUCUUACUCUGUUUUCUUUUGUUUCAUUCCUCAAAAGUUUGUCCCAUGAAAGAACCUCCCCUGGUGGCUGGUGCAUUGCCUAUACUUGGCCACCUUCUACUCUUCCAUGGUUCACAGCCACUCCACAUAACUUUAGGAGCCAUGGCCGACAAAUACGGACCCCUUUUCACCAUCAAGCUUGGUUCCACAAAGAUUGUAGUACUAAGCAAUUCCGAAAUGGCUAAAGAAUGCUUCACCAAGAAUGACAAGGCUGCUUCCUCUCGCCCCAAACUCAUUGCAAUUGAAAAUCUAUCCUACAACCAGGCCAUGUUCGGCUUCGCUUCAUACGAUCCAUAUUGGCGCGAAAUGCGCAAGAUUGUUACCUCAGAACUUCUCUCAAACCGCCGCAUGGAGCUUCUACGUGACAUUCGUGUCUCCGAAGUUCAAGCUUCAACGAAGGAGCUCCUUGGCGUUUGGUCCACUAAGAAGGAUGAGUCUGGCUACGUGUUGGUGGACAUAAAGCAAUGGUUCGCAGAAUUGACGUUCAACAUGGUUCUUAGAAUGAUUGCUGGGAAGAGAUUCUUUGGCGCAAUGAAGUCGGAGAGUGAGGAAAAGGCACAAAGGUGUGUGAAAUGUGUUAAGGAUUUGUUGCGUUUGUUUGGAGUGUUCACUGUUGGAGAUGCUAUUCCUUCUCUAAGGUGGUUGGAUAUUGGGGGUCAUGAGAAGGCCAUGAAAGAAAUUGCCAAGGAAUUCGACAAGAUUUUGACUGAAUGGUUAGAUGAGCAUCUCCAAAUGAUGGAUUUGGGUAAAAAGGAUGCAAAUGAACGAGACUUCAUUGAUGUCUUGCUUUCAGUGGUUUCAGAUGCAAAGAUUGAUACUUUUGAUGCUGAUACCAUAAUCAAAGCCACAAUAUUGAAUAUGAUUAUAGGAGCAACUGAAACAACUUCAAUUACCAUGACAUGGGCAAUGUGUCUGCUACUGAAAAAUCCUCAUACAUUGGAAAAUGCAAAAGAAGAACUUGAGAAGGAAAUAGGAAAAGAGAGAUGUGUAAGUGAGUCAGAUACAAAUAAAUUAAUAUAUCUUCAAGCCAUAAUCAAGGAGACAUUAAGAUUGUAUCCACCCGCUCCUCUUACAGCAACUCAUGAAUUUUCAGAAAAUUGCACUUUAGGUGGGUACCAUAUCGAAAAGGGAACUCAGCUAAUUGCAAAUAUUUGGAAAAUCAACAACGACCCUUGUGUUUGGUCAAAUCACUUAGACUUCACGCCAGAAAAAUUUCUCACAACUCACAAAGAUGUGGAUGUUAAGGGUCAUCAUUUUGAGUUGUUACCUUUUGGAAGUGGUAGAAGGGUUUGUCCUGGAAUUUCCUUUGGCCUUCAAAUGAUUCACUUUAUCUUGGCUAAUUUUCUGCAUUCCUUUGAAAUAUCAAAUCCAUAUAAUGAACCUGUUGAUAUGAGUGGAACUAUUGGAUUGGUCCAUGCUAAAGCUACCCCACUAAAGAUUAUGGUUAAGCCACGUUUAUCUCCCAACUGCUAUGAAACCAUGUAGAUGUGUGAUUCUGUGUGUUGUCACUUUGUUAAAUCAUGUAGGCGAAGGAAUCUAGCUAUCCAAUGUGAUUCAUUAUAAAAUACAAAAAUCCAAUGCUGUCAUCAUUUAGUAGCUAUGUUCAAAUUAUAUUGGUGAUCUUGUUUACUCA